AGCCCAGCGAGUUUCAGUCAAGCUGUCCACAGUCAGAGAGGAAACCUGACUCAAACUACUUCACUGCACAGAGAAAAGUCGGAACAGUUCAAACUCGUCUGUUUUCGCUUUGACAUAGACUGGCCGUUAUAUGGGAAUAGCCGUGCACAUUUCUGUGCCGGCAUAAAAUUUAGCGAAUACUUUGCAGUGAAAGUCGUCUUUGUAAGUGUAAUACAGCCGCGUUAAUGUAGUUACAAACAAGAUAAUAAUAAAAUAAAAAUAAAUAAAUAAAAAAAAAACGUUUUUAAUAUAGGUCUAUCAAGAUGCAGCGCUAAACUGACCGUCUCGAAAGGUGGAAGUUGAUUUUCAGUCGAACAAUUCCUGCCAGGAUGGAAAGCAACACUCCCUGAGCGACCGGGACGAGAUGGGAAAAUGGGAGUUAACAAUGAACCCAGUGCAAGAGUGGGGUGAGGAGUUCGAGGAUGGCGCAGUUUAUGGGGUCACCCUACGUCGGGAGCCCAUCCCCUCCUCCCCCAACCCCAGUGAGACAAGUCCAUGCUGCGCUUUUGUCCAGUACCGAACCUGCAAGGUGCGGCGUCUGAAGGCCGCGACCCUGGACCUGCUUGUGAAUCACCUCCUCGACCCUGACUGCCAGGAACAGGACUACGGCAGGAUCUUUCUCUCCACAUACAUAACCUUCACUGGUACCUCAAAGCUCAUAGAGCUGCUCUUCCAGAGAGACAAUGCUGCCUCAGAUCUGGACAACGGUGAAUGCUACAGGAGCCCUCUGUUGGCCUUUGUCCAGACAUGGUUGGAUGAGUACAGUGAGGACUUCAGGGAUCCUCCACUGCACGCGGCACUCAGGCUGCUGUUGGAUCACCUGAGGAUCAGCUCUGCCGUUCACGAUAACAUGCGCAGCCAGCCCAACUUCUGCUCGUUGGCUGCGCAAGCUGAUGCACUGCUCAAGAGGUUACAGAAAGAAGGUGAUCCUCCACCACAUAACAUGACCGAAAGUGCUAAGGCCUUUGUCCACGUGCCAUGCCAUCCUGGUAGCUGUCAACAAUGUGAAAAACCUCCUGCAAAAAAGCCUGCUCUGUGUGUUUCUUCAGAAGCUGAGACAAAUGUCAGUCCUGCCCAGGCAGAUCUGGAGCAAGAUGAGGAGGGUUCUGGUGGUGAGGAUUCAGGAUGUGAAAACUCUCUAGAUCAAGGUGGCAUCAUGGAUUUCUCCGCUGCAGCCAUUGCUGAACAGCUCACUCGAAUGGACUCUGCUCUGUUUGUCAAAGUGGUGCCUUACCAGUGUCUGGGCUGUGUGUGGUCGCAAAGAGACAAGAAGGAAAACAUGUCUCCCACAAUCCGAGCCACCAUUGCACAGUUCAACGCCAUUACCAACCAGGUUAUCAUGACCCUGCUCUGCCCGCCGACAGACGCCACCUCCAGUCCCAGUUCCUCCCGCCGGCCUCCCACUUCACCGGCUCAAAGGGCCCGCAUCAUAGAGAAGUGGAUCAGAGUAGCACAGGACUGUCGUCAGUUGAAGAACUUCUCCUCUCUCAGGGCCAUCCUGUCGGCCCUUCAGUCUAAUGCAGUUUACAGGCUGAGAAAGACCUGGGCUGCUGUUAGCAGGGAUAGCAUGGCCACGUUUGAUAACCUCUGGGAAACCUUCCCCGAUGAGAACUGUGUCCUGACCAACAGAGAGCUCCUGGUGGAGGACGGAGGCCAAGCGACUGUGGAUAAUAUUUCUCCAAAGAUAUCCAAGCGGAGUCCGAUCUCCAGACAGAUGAGUACCUCCAGUGGAGUGGUUCCUUACCUGGGCACCUAUCUGACCGUCCUCACCAUGCUGGACACUGCUCUGCCAGACACUGUGGAGGGUGGGCUCAUAAACUUUGAGAAGAGGAGGAGGGAGUUUGAGGUUCUCUCACAGAUCCGUGUGCUGCAGGCGUCCUGUUCCCAGUACAACCUGCCCCACCACCCCAGAAUCGCUGCCUGGCUGCAGGGACACAAGCUGCUCACUGACCAGGAGAGCUACGAACUGUCGAGGAACCUGGAGCCGCCAGUGGACUUGUGUUCGCCAACUCCCUGGAGCCACCGCACACUCACAAAGAAACUCUCCUUUCUCCUGAGCGAUGGAUCUAAAAAACUCCCUGCUGACCAGAUCAGCGUUACAUCUUCCGGAUCCAGUGGAUCUGAGAUGGAUGAUCUCUCCUCCCCAAACUCAGCCUGUUCCAUCAGGCUGCAGUCCUUUCACAGCUCUUGCAACAAUGUGUCUGAGGCCUUCUCUUCCUCCUUGUCCUCCUCUUCCUCGCCCUCCCCCUGCUCCUCCGCGGCUUCCUAUCCAGACUCCCCUACUCCUUCCAGCUCCUCUUCUGAACGUCGGACGGAUCCAUGCUCAGCAGCCACGUCCUGUGGCGGCGCUCGGCCGAAGCCCGCUCUGGCCUCCCACAAACGCUCCGUGUCCAUGACCUCCCUGCCGGUGUAUAACCGUCAGGUGGCUGACUCCUGUAUAGUCAGGGUCAGCGUGGACUUGGGCCAGAACAACGGCAACAUGUACAAAAGCAUCCUGUUGACCAGCCAGAACAAAACUGCACAGGUGAUUCAAAGGGCACUGGAAAAGCAUCACCUUGAGCACAUGAACUGGCAGGACUUCACCCUGACACAGGUCAUCUCCCAGGAAAGAGAGUUGCUCAUACCAGACAAAGCAAACGUCUUCUAUGCUAUGUCCACAACGGCAAACUUUGACUUUGUUUUGCGCAAAUUCCCCAAAGGCCAGAAGAAACCACUGACAGCCACGUCGAGUCUUGGACGGUACACAAAGUAGCACCCCAGGUCUACAAAUUCUGCACCUGGAAGAUGAACUGAGGUCAUGGGACGCUGCUGGAAAAUGGUCUUUAUUUUGAAUAGCUGUUUUAUAAGAAAAGUAUGUCAUCCAAGAUGGUCCAGCCUUUUUUUUGGAUGCCAAAGAGGUAAAAAUGUGAUGUUUUUAUGGUCAAUGACAAGAUGAUGCAAAAGCACUUUAUGAAGAACAAUGCUCGCCUCAACAACAGAAACUGAUGGAGCUUAAAAAAAGCAUCUGGAUCAGACGUGCUUUUAUUUCCUGUUGGAAUAAACUUGGUAUAAAUCCUUAGAGGAAAAAAAAAAAAAUCAUUCCAUGACUUUUUCCCAGAGGUGAGUUGGUAAUGCUCACAUGGUGCAUGUGCAUGGAUGCAUGUGCAAAUACUGAUUUAUUUUAGCUCUGAGACUGCUGCUAGAUGUCACUUCCAAUAACUGCAUGGGCGUGAAGACAAACACACAGAAACACACCCCCAGAGAGCCUACAUCAGUGACCUAUUGAUACGUGGCCAUUUCCCAACGCAGCUGGGUGCCAUUAAUAAAUGUGUUAAAAAGGGAAUGGGGGGGUCAGAUGCUGUGUGAAGGGCGUACAGUCGGUAAUGAACUCAGCAGGUUGUCAGCCACUCGAGAUGAGAUAUCCCGGUGUGCUUCUGUGUUGCUGUGCCAGUGCCAUCUGAGGAGUGGGUGGGGACGUUCUCACCAGGGAUCACUGUGUCCCCGGCGAGUUUCAGCGAGGCUCCUCCGGCGUUGCUGUGAUACUCAUCGUGUGCGGCUUGCUGACCCGACUGGAACGAUGGCAUUCCUGAGCCUGGGUAACUAUGGCAGCAGCAGAGACUUUGAUAGACAGGAUGUACACUUGUAAAUGACUACUGUAUGCAGAUAAGACAGCAGUAAGGGUGGACUGCUUUGUGUGCGUGCUUUCAAUGUUUCUGCUAUGACUAAGUAAGUUUGACUUUUAGAGUUAAGAGUUUUUCUACUGUUUUGUAUUUAUUUUCACUCUGGUUCCACUGUGGUUCACUUAGAUCCCAUUGUUGAUAUUUGAUAAACACAUUGUGACGACUCACGAGGUGGCUUUAAGUUGUCUCAUGACCGGUAGGAACAUAUUUUUCAAAAAUCAAAACAAAGUUUAUUUUGAAACUGGUUUGAUUAGUGAGAUUAUAUUUUUAGAGAUGUCUUAUUUUCUGAUGAAAAGUGAGAAUAUUUCAAAUGGUUUUUUUUUUAAAACUUGUAUUUAACAAAUUAGGUUCAGAUUUGUGAAGCCUGGAUGGAACUGGUGCUUAAAUGGCUUGAUUUAAAGCCUAACGAGGAGUUCAGAUGUACGCAUUUCAAUGACGUCAAUUGACGCCAAGACUCUAGUGAGAUAAUUGAUAAUAAUCAUAUUUUCUUACAGUUAAAGCUGCAGGGAGUAUUUGCAAAGAGGAUGAGCUACACAAUGAACAGACACACUAAAAUCACAAGUUUUAUCGCUCUGAAGUCCCCUUGGAGUGUCUGGGAGUCGAUCCUUGCUCAAGAGCAUAGAUGGCUGUCGAGGAACAGACAGUCUCAUUGCCCUCCUCUAUCUACACGGUCCCUACAGAUCUGGGGCUUUGAAACAAAAGCUUACUUCUCCUCACUCUCUGCAGUAUCCUCUCUCUCGGCAGUUGAGACCUGAAUGGAUAGUAUUUCUUGGAUUAUAAACAAAUGUGAUUAAUUGUGAUUAAUGAAGAGAAUGUCACAGGAUUUGAUAUGCAUUUCCAUACUGUACUGACAACAUCCUAAUAAACACUCUUUGAGUUCUA